ACGAAUAUACGCAUUGCGAAAAUAAACAUGGCGUUGAUGGUUUAUCAAAAGGUUUUAGAAGAAAAAAUCUCUGAAAAUGAUGAAGAGAUAUUCUUCAAACCAUUUGAAGAGACAUUUACCAUUUUGAUAUUUUCCAUGGUCUUUGGGAUGAUUUACCCCAGCGACAGAAUGAAGAACUGGCAGAUCUUGGGUUUUUUUGGUUUUAUUAUCAUUAUGAUACCCGCAUUGUCGGCUGUCUAUUACGAUAUGUACUUGGCGUAUCUAGACAGAGACAUGGACACAAUAUUCCGCCAUCUUAUAGUCAUAGGUCCGUUUAAUGCACUUUAUCUAAAGUGGGUGUAUAUGUACUACUAUCGACAACAGAGCAAAGAUGCGAUAGAGGAGAUGAAUAGAUAUUUCGCAAACUUGAACUCCAAACCGAUAACACACAAGCGCAUCGCUAAGAAGUGGCUCAUCAGAUCUUUCUUUUUGGAAAAGAGCUGGGCGUAUUGCUUAAUAGUCGGUAGCUUCUCAUUUCCGGUGAUGGCUAUCUGUAAAACGACGUAUAGUACCUUAUUUGAUGAAGAACCUCGACGGUAUUUCAUACAUGAAUUGCGAUCGCCCCAAGGUCCAGGAAUGAACUACGAAUUCCCAUUCUUCGAAGUGUUGUUUGUGAACACGUGUAUAGCCAGUUGCAUGUACUUUUUGAACUUUUCUGGUUACGAUGGAUUUUUUGUUCAGCUUAUUCUGCAUACAUGCAUGAGGAUGGCUAUUUGUGGGGAAGCCGUGAAGGAUUCCUUUAAAAUUGAUGAUAAGGCAAUGAGAAGAAGCGCUCUUCAUAAAGUUAUUGAUGAGCACAUUGCUAUUUGUCACUUUAUGGACAACAUAAACUGCAUAUUUGUACAGUGGAUGAGUCUUUUUACUGUAGCAUUGACUAUACACGUAUGCAUAUGUGUUUUUCAUUUAUCAGAGGGAACUUAUCAGGACAUGGAGUUUAUGUUUGCGUUUACUGCCGCUUCGAUAUACCUGUGCAUGAUUACAACAUGCGGUGGACUUGUUGAAGAGGAGUCAGAAAAUUUAGCAGAUACUUUCUACCAAAGCGGCUGGGAACGAGUGUUAGACACCCACUGCAACUAUCUACUGGUGUUCAUGAUCGCCAGAGCACAGAAGACCUUUAGAGUCCGCACCUUAUUCCACGUUCAUGUCAACCACGAGCUUCUUAUUGCUAUUGUCAAAAUGGCGUAUACGCUUCUAACUUUCCUAAAACAAACAUAAAUCAUUCAAUUUUAUAUCACCUACACUAUGAUAUGAUGUACCUAAUAUUAUCACAUGCAUUUUUAGCAAAAAAUA